AUGGUCGUCUCACUGAUGGAAUGGGAUAGAGGCGGGCUGGAGCGGGGUGGCGUCCUGAGCCUCACUGCUGUCUCCUCUGCCCCGCAGGAGAAUGGCCAUGUGAAAAGCAAUGGAGAUUUAUCCCCCAAGGGUGAAGGGGAGUCGCCCCCUGUGAACGGAACAGAGGAGGCAGCCGGGGCCACUGGUGAUGCCAUUGAGCCAGCACCCGCUAGCCAGGGAGCUGAGGCCAAGGGGGAGGUACCCCCCAAGGAGACCCCCAAGAAGAAGAAGAAAUUCUCUUUCAAGAAGCCUUUCAAAUUGAGUGGCCUCUCCUUCAAGAGAAAUCGCAAGGAGGGUGGGGGUGAAUCGUCUGCCUCCUCACCCACAGAGGAAGAGCAGGAGCAGGGGGAGAUCGGUGCCUGCAGCGAGGAAGGCACUGCCCAGGAAGGGAAGGCUGUCGCCACCCCCGAGAGCCAGGAGCCUCAGGCCAAGGGGGCAGAGGCUAGCGCUGCCUCCAAGGGCGGAGACACAGAAGAGGAGGCAGGGCCCCAGGCUGCAGAGCUGUCCACGCCCUCGGGGCCAGAGAGUGGCCCUACACCUGCCGGCGAGCAGAAUGAGUAGCUGGGUUGGGACAGGUGGGUGAUCUCUAAGCUGCAAAAACUGUGCUGUCCUUGUGAGGUCACUGCCUGGACCUGGUGCCCUGGCUGCCUUCCUGUGCCCAGAAAGGAAGGGGCUGCUGCCCCCUCCCAGCCACGUUCCCUUUCCUCCUUUCCCUCCUGUGGAUUCUCCCAUCACCCACCUGGUCUUCCUCUUAAGGCCAGUUGAAGAUGGUUUCCCAAGUUAGGUUAGUGAUGUGAAAUGCUCCUGCCCCUGUCCCUACCUCUUUCCCUGUCCCCACCCCUACAUAAGGCAAUUGCUGUUUUCCUCCCCAAUUCUUUUCCAAGUAGGUUUUGUUUACUCCCCAAAUCCCUGAGCCAGAUGUGGGGUGCCUACACUCCUAAACCCUGAGUGUCCAGCCUUCCCUGUUUUUAGUCUCGUGCUGUGCCUAGUGGCACCUGGGCUAGGGGAGGACACUGCCCCUGUCUAGGUUUUUAUAAAUGUCUUACUCAAGUUCAAACCUCCAGCUUGUGAAUCAACUGUGUCUCUUUUUUGACUUGGUAAGCAAGUAUUAGGCUUUGGGGUGGGGGGAGGUCUGUAAUGUGAAACAACUUCUUUUCUUUUCCCCCUCCCAUUGUUGUAAAUAACUUUUAAUGGCCAAAUCUCAGAUUUUUACUUUUUUUUUUUUUUUUUGUCUAACUUUUAAAACCAUUCUCUUCCACCUGGUUUUACUGUAACAUUUGGAAAAGGAAUAAAUGUUGUCCCUUUA